GGAGACAAUCUGAGUGGGGAAGGCAGUUCGGGGCUUUGUCCGCCGCCGCCCCCCCGGACCCGCGCUGGGGGGACAUUUAGAGCAAUUACUUGUCCAGAAAGUAACUGUCAAUCAUUCUUAAAGGGGAAGGCCUCCAAUUAAUAACCUCGUCUUAAUCCUUUGGACUCAUUUCCAAUCUGCGGGGCCUUGGUGACAUCUGCAACACUAAAUAAAGAUUCUCCCGAGCCUUAGCGCGGCGGUUCUGUGACAAAUAAGAAGACUAGAAGCAACUUUGGCUGCCAAAGCUGCGAGAUUGGUGAGGUUGAGCCGCUUGUUUGGUUCCCAGGAGGGACCGGCAAAGUUAAAUACUCCUGGAAAAGCCGAGUUGGGCCCAGCAGGUGCGGAGCUGCGCAAAUGAGAAGCGGAUGCCACCAUGUUCCUGAAUAAGUGCGAGGGCGACCUGGGCGAGCUGCGGAAGCCGGGGGAUGGAGAGGGGACCCCGCCGGCCGCCAGCGAGGAGGAGCAGCCCAAGAAGAAGCACCGGCGGAACCGCACCACCUUCACCACCUACCAGCUGCACGAGCUGGAACGCGCCUUCGAGAAGUCCCACUACCCCGACGUGUACAGCCGCGAGGAGCUGGCCAUGAAGGUCAACCUGCCAGAGGUCCGCGUGCAGGUCUGGUUCCAGAACCGACGAGCCAAGUGGAGGCGGCAGGAGAAGAUGGAGGCCAGCUCCAUGAAGCUCCAUGACACCCCCGUGCUCUCCUUCAACCGGCCCCCCAUGACCCCCAACGUGGGGCCCAUGAGCAACUCCCUCCCGCUCGACCCAUGGCUGACGUCCCCCAUCUCCAGUGCCACCACGGUCCACAGCAUCCCCGGCUUCAUGGGAGCCCCCCAAGCCCUGCAGCCCCCCUACGGCGGGCACUCCUUCCUCAACACGCCCCCGCCGAUGGCGCAGGGCAUGCAGCCCCUGGCCCCUGCGCCCUACCAGUGCGGCACCCCCUUUGUGGACAAGUACCCGCUGGAGGAGGUGGACCAGAGGAGCUCCAGCAUCGCCUCGCUCCGCAUGAAGGCCAAGGAGCACAUUCAGACCAUUGACAAGACCUGGCAGCCCAUUUGAUGAACGCUCCCCUCCGGCCCCUCCGGCCCCUCCUGCCCCCAGCCCCGGCUCGGCCCCGGGCGGGCAAGGUGGGUGACGGUGGGUGCUCAGCAGGACGAACUGACACAGGGAGGGGAUGCUGGGCUGCGCCUUCCUCUGCCGAGCCGGCACUGUCGGUGGCAGGGGAGCGAGCUGGGGUGCUGGCAGGACCCCGCAUGGGGAGCACCCCGGCAGUCACUGCAGCCCCUCACUGGGGCUCUGGCCCAGGCUGAGGAUCCAGCUGAGGCUCCAGCAUCAGACCAUGCCCCGCACUGUCCCCGGUCGGACGCCUCCUUUACCCACACCCUUUCCUCCUCCCAUUAUUAUUAAUGUUUUUUUUAAUGCUGCAGAUUUAAACAAAACCAAACAGAAAAGGUCUAGUUUCAUAGGGAGUACGGGGGGGGAUAUUUUACAGCCACGUCGGGGCGUGACGCUGGUUGUGCUGGUAGACACACUGGCACCGAGAAGAUGGUUGUAUCCUGAGUAAAGAGAUAAGCUGAA